AUGGACAAAAUAGAAUCUUUGACCAAUACCCUCCAAAAUAUCACAUUAUAUGACAUCAAAAGCAUGUACAACCAGGCUAAGAAUGUCGUGCUGAACGUCAGCGAGAUGGAGGCCAAAGUUAGAGAAGCAACGAAUGACGAUCCAUGGGGUGCAAGUUCUACUCUGAUGCAAGAGAUCGCCCAAGGGACAUUCCAUUUCCAAUACUUCAAUGAAAUCAUGCCCAGCAUUUAUUCCCGAUUCAUGGAGAAGGAGGCACGCCAAUGGCGCCAAAUAUACAAGGCACUGCAACUCUUGGAAUAUCUUAUCAAGCACGGAUCCGAGCGCGUUGUUGACGAUGCUCGUUCACAUAUCUCUACCUUGAAGAUGCUUAGAAACUUCCAUUACAUUGACGAUAAGGGCAAAGAUGAAGGAAUAAAUGUUCGCAACCGUGCUCGAGAACUUGUCGAGCUUCUAUCAGACGUCGAGAAAAUACGCGCGGAGCGACGGAAAGCUAAAGUGAACAAGAAUAAAUACGUCGGUGUUGGCAAUGAUGGAUUUUCUGGGGGCAUGUCUUUUGAGACGAGUGGAGGGCGUUAUGGCGGAUUUGGCAGCGAUAGCCUUGGAGGUGGAUCUUCAUCUUAUGGCAACUACAGCAAUGACCAUUAUUCAGGCGGUGGCAGCAGCGGCCGUGGAGGGGGGAGUUCCUCGUUCAGUGACAGUCGACGUCCUUAUGAAGAGUACAACGCUGGCGACGAUGAGAUCUCUCAUUCAUCAACACCUGUGCGGAGCAGCUCUGUCCGCGCUCCCGUGAGGAAGGCUAUCGCCCCUCCCCCUCCCCCGCCCCCGGCACCGGUUGAAGACCUCCUAGGCGGGUUCGAUGAUGACGCUUUCAAGGCACCUGCGCCUGCACCUGUUCCAUCGGUGGCCCUCGGCGCUAACAAAGCACUUCCUGUAGUGUCCAAUUCAACAGUCAGUCUCGAUGAUGACGAUUUUGCGGACUUCCAGGUCGCCCCUGUAUCGGCUGCUCCUCCCAUCCAAACAGCUCCCGCUCCUGCCCAAAACGCCAUUAAGAAGCCAAAUCUUAUGGAAAUGCUGAACUCAACAUCGAUGCAACCUUCUGUCAACCCAGCCUUUGUUCAACCACAACAACCUCCCGCGCAUGGUAUGGGAGUACACGGACACCGUCAAAACCCUUCGCUCUCGCAACCUAGCUUUGGUGCUCCUAUGAUCCCUCAAGGUCAGCAGCAUAGUUUUGUUGGGGGUGCACCUGGCGCAAUGCGGCCCAUUCCUAUGACUGUUGCCUCUGCCCCCGCAAAGCCUGCCCCCACCCCUGCGAAAGGCAACUUUGAUGACCUUUGGUCUAUGUCUCUUGGUAGCUCGGCCGUUAACAAGGCGGCCUCCGCCCCGGGUGCCGGCAAGUCCAUCAAGGAUCUGGAGAAGGAAAAGGCGAUGGCUGGACUCUGGGGAGGGCAGAAGAAGCCUCCCGUCGGCGCGGCUCAGCCCUUGUUUGGGAACUUCGGCAAUGGUGCUCCGUCAUCUUCAAGCGGUGAUGACCUGCUCCUUUGA